AUGGGGCUGCCGGAGUCCUGCUGCCCUCUCCAGGGACUGUUCCCGCUGCCCCAGGCGGCUGCCGGGCUCUCGCCGCCGCCCCUCCGCCCGUGCGCCCCGCUGCCCUUCCACCCGCUGCUCGGGCUGGGACUGCUGCAGACUGGUCUGGGCUGCGCCCUGGUGGCGCUGAGCUUCGGGGCGCUGUCGCAGCAGGUGAAGAACGCGUGUCUGGCCUGGGCCGGCUCCUUGGUUAACCUGUUUGUUCAGUGUUAUGCUGGAUUAAUACUAGGAUGUCAAGGCAUUCAGUUUGUGUCCAGAUGCGAUUUGAUGGAUAUGGAUGAAAACAAGACUUGUUUGUGCUGUGAAGAAUUUCAUUCCAGUACAUGCACAGAAGUAGAGGCUGUACUGAAGUUAUACCAUGUGAAGUCAUGCAGUGCUACUCACCUUCUUCUCAAGAAAGUUCUCCUAGGUCUUAGUGCCCUGAAUGCUGUCACUGCUACAGUUUGCUUCAUAGCAGCUGCCCUGCAUUACUUGCAGAUACUUGCAUCAAGAAGAUCCUGCACAGAUGAAUGUGAGAUUGCUGAUGAAGAUCACAAUUUGGAUCCUGAUGAUUUUGUCCCACCAGUCCCACCUCCCUCCUAUUUUGCAACUUUUAAUUCUUUUACUCCACAAACAAGUCACAGAAACGUUCUAAAAGUGACCCUGUGCUCCUGCACUGCCAGCUGCCUCAAGGUCUCUUCAGAUCAGAAACAAGAGAAAGGAACCAAUGUACACAAAACGACAAAGAGCUGGCCGAAGCAGAACAAUCCCUCCACACCCUUUGACAUGGACAGUGCUCAAUGUGAAACUGCAACACUCAGUGUAAAUCCACUGAAUGCUGUCACCUUGUGAAAGAGUUCAAGAGCUUUGAGGGGAAGACCCCAGUCUCUGACAGACUAUAAGUCUUAUACGGACACUAAACAGCGUGUGGCGUGGAUCCUUGAGCAGUCCUCCUGCAGCAUGAGCCCGGACAUACACGACUUGGUGGAAAACAUCAAGUCUGUUUUAAAAUCAGAUGAGAAACAUAGAGCAGAAGCUGUCACCAGUGCCACUUUCCUUGAGCAGGUAGUUUUAUUACUUCAAGCCAUGUCAUUGAGAAUCCCUCUGUUGCCUUUCAGACUGCAUCCUGGAUUGCUGUACCUGGAGAGCUGUGGUGACCUAAGUACUUUAACCACAGACGGAGAACAGCAAGCAGAGGGGAGAAUCCAAAGAGCAGAACAUGAAUGACCUCACAGUCUUAUUGGUGUUGUCAGGGAAACUGUACUUUGAGAUGUUUUUUUGGUUAUUCCUCAGCAGAGCAAUUCUGUCAGACAUAUACAUACUGCAGAGGAAAAUCACCUCUGGCAAGUGGGUGGAUUGGUUUGUCAAUAAUCAUCUUGAUUUUUAAUAUUUGUAUGCACAGACUUCAAAGGGGAAGAUGAUUCUACCAAGAGUAUUAAGCAGAUUGUAGGAUGACCUUUACUGGGCUCUCAGCUGCAGCUCAUCUGUUUGUGACACAUUACUGCCCUGCAUCUCUGUGAAGUUUGGUAACGUAUAGUUGUGGGGUGUGAUGAUGCAUCAUCCUUGUGGAAGGAGCUGUCAAAAACAGUAUUGAAGAACUUGGCAAAUUUUUGGUACUUUGGUUUAAAUUAAAAUCUCCUGUCGUAAAAUGGAGACCUUCAGAUACAAAAGUAAGCUAGUAAAAAAAAGGGUGUACAAAUUCCAAAAUUAUUCUUUAUAAAAGGUUGUUGAUGUGCAAACUGUACCAAAAAUAAA